AUGCGCGCUGUGCAAGAGAGAGCUCGGCGUGCUGGGAACUGGGUGGCUGAGCAGACCGGACUCCACUGGCUCACGGCUGCGUCGCGGGUGGUUCUGCUCGCCGUCUACGCCACCAUCUACGCCAUCGUCCUUGCCUUUGUCACCGCCACUGCCUUCUGGACAUACUCGACCUUCUACUACCUGUACAUUCCGCAAGUCUCGCAUGGCAACCCGGUUUACUUUGAGUAUCCGCAGCUCCUCCUCCCACCCGGCACGCCGUACUCGGCCCGCGCCGAUGUGCCGCUUGUCCCGGACCCAGCCACCCGCCUCCUGCGUCCCGGUCAAGCCUAUGAUAUAGCGCUUGUUCUCCGCGUCCCCGAGUCGCCGCACAACCUCGAUCUCGGCACGUUUAUGGUCUCAUGCUCGCUCCACGGCCGGCCCGCCCUCGACGACCCGAGUCUUCCCGCGGCUGGCGCCAGCUACGGCCCGCGUCUAGCGGCUGCGCUGCGGCCGGGCAUCCUGCACUUUCGAUCGCGCCUCGUCCGCCUCGCCUACCGCAUCUUCUACAUUCUCCCGCUUACCUUUCGUCUUUUGGACGAGGCCCAGGAGCUGACCAUUCCGCUGCUCGAGGCGUACGUCGACGACGCCGACGCCGGGCCGGUCGUCGCGGCCGUUGUCGGGCUCUCGGCGCCGCUGCAGGUUUACGAUGCCAAGCUGUUCAUCGUCGCCCGCUUCUCGGGCCUCCGCUACUUUAUGUACCACUGGUUCUACACCUCGUACGCCAUCGGCGUCGCCACCCUAGUCAUCUACCAGCUUAUCUUUCUUUUUGUUCUCAAGCUCAUCCUCUUUGCCUGCCUCGCCUCGCCGACCUCCCACUCGGCGGCUCGCCAUCCUGCCGCCUCUGUGCGCCCGGCCUCGCGCUCCACCGCCCAGCCGGUGGCCGUCACACCCCGCUUCCACUCACGCUCGCCGACGCCGACGCCGACACCGCGCCCGAUCAUCACCCCGCCGACAGACUCUGACAACGUCUCGUCAGCCAGCGACGACAGCUCGCCGGUUGCUCCGGCCGUGGUUGAGCUCCCCAGUGUGUCGCCUGUCCAUCCCGAUGGCGUCAUCCGCGCCACAGCCGCGGCGCCGCCAGCCGCGACCUCGGACCUCCGCCGGCGCGGCGAGUAAUCUACUGUGGCGGCUGGUUGUUGCUGGUUGUUACUGGCUACUACUGCUUGGCAACCCAGAGCUGCGAGGCAACGACACCAGGCUCGUCCUUCCUCGCCAUCGGGGCCGGCGCCGCUGCAAGCGCCUGUGCCACCAGCUCAUAGUGUGUGGUGAGAUGGGCGCCGAGCGCAGCGUGCCACCGCAGAAGCUCGAGCGACGGCACGGCGUCGGCGUCUGUGUCGACAAUGGCGGUCGUGUUGAUGCCCUCGAGCGCGGCGUACGCGAGCGCCUCGCGCAACGAAGGUGUUGCUGUCCGCGGUGCAGCAUGGUCGUGGAGAACCAAAAACUGGACGUCACGGAGCGCGGCCGCCGCCCGCUGCGGCGACGCCAGGCGCAACACCCGCUCCACCUCUUCGACCUCGCGUCCGGUGCCACCGGCGGCGCCGCGGCCCAUGGUGUGGAUCCGCAUCCGUGCCGACGGCGGCGCGACGAGAAAUUGAGGGUCAACGCCUGCGGCGCUCGUGCUCGUCUCCGCCAUCAUCUCGGCGAUCGCAGCCUCGUCGAAGCUGUCGAACGCGAGCUCUUCCGGUAGCGCCACCGCCUCCGCGGAACUGCGGGUUGUCCACAGUUUGGCGUACUGCGAUCCUACCUCAAACGGCAGCACCAUUCGCGCCAUGUGCGGCUGCGGGGCCGCCCGUGCCCGCACCACCUCGGCGUAGUACGUCGGGUACAGCGGCUCACCAAGGCUGAUCACUACCGGCGUCUUGCAUGUGGCUGGUAGGAGCCACGAAGGGCUCUCGAUGUUGGUAGCGCACGCGUCGCCGCGGCUCGAGCGCGACGCGCCCGCUAGCGCACGCGGUAGCUUGGUGGCAAAGAACUCGUUCUGCGCCAUAGCCGACGCGCUCGUCGAAAGCAGGACGCCGGCAAGGAGCGUGCCGACAUACGCCAGCCCAGCAACGGCGAGGAUGAGCCGGACAGCGCCCUCGCGUGAGCCGCAAAACGAGCCCGCAGACGACGAGCCGGCCGCACGCGGCUUGCGCCGCUUGAAGCUCUUGGCCUUGCGCAGUUGCGGCGGCCGCCGCGCCGGCGGCGCGCCAAACACCCCCUGGCCUUCGCUAUCGCCGUCGCUGGCCUCCGCUGCGCUGCUGCGCGAGAGGACCACUCUCCACAGCAUGUCGGUGACGCUGAUGGCAACGGUGAGAACAGCUACAAAGACUACAAGCGCGGCGUGCCCGAUCGCAUAACUCGGCCAGCUGCUCAGUGCAGCUGCCCAGAGCAGGUAAGGAACCGGAAUGCACCACCGCGGGCCAAAAUACGGGAGGAGCGCGAUACUCGCCAGAAACAGGACAGAGACGCACGCCGUGUUGCCCGAAAACAGUAGCUCGGUCAUCGUCGGCUGCGAGCCGUCAACAAAUGCUUCGGCGGGAACGGUGUAGCCAAAGGCAAGCUUGCCAUACCACGAGAACCACGCAAGCUUGUCGGUUGCGCCGGUGGCCACCGUGUCGGCGCCGAUCACCAUUAACG